AUGGUUCCCCGGCGACGAGUAAGCCGUCGAUUCCUCGCCAUCGCCGCCUUCGCCGCCCUCUUCUUCCUCUACCACUUCACCUCCCUACAAUCCAACCUCACGCCACACAAGACCAAAUUCCGCUACUCGGGCACCCGCACAAACAGAUACAGCCAUGCCGACAAAGAUAAAGCCGGCGAGCCUGAGCCCGUCUGCCCUCCACUCCCGGGCAUUGAAGAUGUCCUCGUCGUCAUGAAAACCGGCGUCACGGAAGCCCGCGAUAAAGUCCCCAUCCACUUCUCCACAACCCUCCGCUGCAUCCCGCACUAUGUGAUCUACUCCGACUUCGAAGAGGAAAUCGAGGGUGUCACGAUUCACGAUGCUCUCCGGACAAUGGACAGGGAUGUCACAGCGCGAGUCGAAGACUUCAACAUCUAUAACCGGAUAAAGACAUACGGGCGCAAGGGUCUAGAACAAGGCGAUUUCGCCGACGAGGCCAACUCCGCAAUCGGCAAGCCGAAUAACCCAGGGUGGAAAUUGGAUAAAUGGAAGUUCCUCCCAAUGGCCCAGGAAGCCUACACCUACAAGCCCGAUGCAAAGUGGUUUGUUUUCAUGGAGGCUGAUACCUAUAUCUCCUGGCCGACAUUGCUAGCCUGGCUUGAACACUUCGACCCGAAGAAACUCGUCUACCUAGGCACCGAGACGCAGAUCGCGGACACGAUCUUCGCACACGGAGGCUCGGGCUUUAUGCUUUCGAACCCGGCGCUGAAAGCUGCGUCGGAUGAGUAUGAGCGGAGACGGACUGAGCUGGAUGAAUAUACACUCGGGCAUUGGGCCGGGGAUUGUGUUCUAGGACGGGUUCUUGCAGACGCAGGGAUCAAUCUACAUUUCUCGUGGCCUAUCUUGCAGAAUUCGAACCUGGGUGAACUGGAUGAAUUCACGACGGAUCUAUAUCGAUUGCCUUGGUGUUAUAUUGCUGUUGCAUUUCAUCAUCUUUCACCAAGCGAGAUCGAAAGGUUAUGGCAAUUCGAGCAGAAUCGUUGGCAUGAGAAAAACAAACAAAUUCUUCUUCAUAGUGAUGUCUUCCGCGAAUGGCUGUACCCCGAAAUGGCUACCCAGCCUACAAGAUUAAACUGGGAUAACUUUUCGGAUGAAGAGCAACCUUUUGCUACGACCUUCGAGGACUGCCGUGAGGUCUGCGAUGUCCAGAAGAAAUGCGUGCAGUUCUCUUUCCGGGACGGUACCUGCUUCACGGGCAGUAGACCUCGUCUUGGUGUGUCGCGGACUGGCGGUAGUACUGCUUCUGGAUGGCUGACUAGUCGCAUCCGGGAGAUGAUGGAUGUCAGUGGAAUCUGUCGGGCUCCUAAUUAUGGUGAAUAA